GUAGAUGGGGUUGAAACUUUUUUCUAUAUUGAAAAAAGUUUCCUACAGUUUCUGGAUAUAUCCAACUCUUCCCUUGAUAGGUUCUGCUUUUUACCACAUAUGAAAAUGCUGGAACAUUUAGAUCUCAGCUCUAGCAUGAUGGGAGAUGAUUCUGUGGAACAAAUUGUUUGUAUUGGAGCCAAUUUGAGAUAUCUAAACCUCAAAGGCACAAAAGUCAGCUCCACUGGAGUAAGCAUUUUGGCUGGACAUGUUCCCAAACUUGAAAUUUUAUCUUUAGCUCACACUUCAAUAGAUGAUAUGGCUCUGUCACAUAUCAGCAAAAUGCCCUCACUUAAGGUUGUUGACUUAAGCAAUACACACAUUAAAGGUAUGGUUUCUUCAUCACAAAUAUUGAUAUUACUCCCUAUAUCAAAGAACAUUAUGUUAGAAGAUUGUAAUAUUCACUAUUCAUACAUGUGCAUGGUUCUGUCAUUUCCUUCUCUACUUUCAGGUACCAUUCAUCAGGCAGGUACUGAGGGGCAUAUGGUCAGCUCACUGGUGUCUCUGCAAAAUCUUGAUUAUUUGGAGAGUCUAAGUUUGGAGCAGACACCAGUCAGAGAUGUGGAUUUAAGCCCCUUAUCAAGCUGCAAAGGGCUGAGUCAUUUAUCUCUUCAAUGUGCUUCCCUUACUGAUGCUACACUCCAUCACAUGGUAUCUCUCCCAAAGCUGACAAAUCUGGCUGUCUGUGAGGCUGUGUUGACAAACAGUGGCCUGCAUUCAUUUAGACCCCCAGCAGCUCUUAGAGUGCUGGACCUGAGGGGUUGUUGGCUAUUAACUGAAGAUGCCAUCUCACUGUUCUUAAGAAAACAUCCACAAAUUGAAGUAUGGCAUGAAAUUGUUCAUCUCUUUCCAUCAGAACAAUUUAGCUCUAACACCAUCACAACCAUCUUUGAGGACUUCUUGCGGGAACAGAAAACAACAAAAGAUGAAAGAUUGAAGUAUGGCAAAGAGGAGCUACUUGCACUACAGCAUUCCCCUUUUUCUCUAAACUCUCCAGAUGAUACAGGUAUUUAUAAUAUCAAAGCUACAAUCUGAUCCAUAAUUUAACUCUUUGACCUAUAUCAUGAGCAUAUUUUUGUCUGUAAAUUAUAACAACUUUUAAAUGAUUUAUGUUUUCUACUAACCGUUUGUGAACAAAAUGAAUAAAUAUCUCAUCCUAACUAAGCAAGAGUAAGGUUUUAACUGCAUUUUUGACUUGUUUUGGUACAUCUAUGGUUCCCUUUUUUUUUUUUUUCCUUUUUUUUUUUUUUUUGCAACAUAUCUAACAUGGUUCCUUAAACAACGGUUAUUUGUAGUGAACCAAUAUAGGAUGCAGCCGUGUGAACAUAAGACAUUUUACCUUAACCGCCAUUAUUACACUUUUCCUAGCUUCAGAAAUUCUGCAGCUCAGCUUAGAUUCUGCAGCAUUCAUUAUUAUACUUUUUCUCUUUUGAAUCUGCAAGUGGAAUAGCCCUUUCUCAAUUCCUUCCGUGCUUAGAUUCUUUAGUUCGAAUUUGUUGAUGCUCAAAACCUCUAUGCUGUCUUUUUUGCAAAAUUAUUAUUAUUAUUAUUAUUAUUAGACUUUGUUGUUUUAAACCUUUAGUUAGCUAUGAAUUGCACAAAUCUAGGGGAUGGAAAUGGUUCUCGAGGUCGUAAAAAGGAAAAAAAUGUUCUUGGAAUGGAAAAUGGCAGAAGAAAAAUAUGUUGGUAAGUAAUAUAUUUCUCGUUUGAUAAUCAAUAGAGGAUUUCUUUCCUUUCGAUAUUUUUAUAAAUUUUAAAUUAACAUUCAUGUUUAAU